UGGUUUUAAAAGUCGGCCUGUAAUUGGCUGAUUGUGCGGAGCAGAGUCAGUUUAAACCAGGGGGCGGGAGUACGUUCAAUUUAAAUUCCAAAGGCAGCGGCUUCAAUCGGACAGCUAACGAGCUAACAUAAGGAACCGGACCGUUGGUACUCAUGGCCUCCCAGAACAUGGACCCCGCAGCAGCUGCAGCUUCCUCCACGGCCGCCCUGAAGGGCAGUGAGAGCGGCGGCAGCGCGGCCAGAGGGUCCGUCUCCAAACGGCUGCAGCAGGAGCUGAUGACUCUCAUGAUGUCGGGUGAUAAGGGGAUCUCAGCGUUUCCAGAGUCUGAUAACCUCUUUAAAUGGGUCGGAACCAUCGAUGGAGCUCCGGGGACAGUGUAUGAGGGCCUCCGGUACAGACUGUCUCUGGAGUUCCCGGCCGGGUAUCCAUACCAGGCCCCGCGUGUGAAGUUUCUGACUCCAUGUUUCCAUCCCAACGUGGACGACCAGGGAUUCAUCUGUCUGGACAUCCUGAAGGACAAGUGGUCGGCGCUGUACGACGUCCGGUCCAUUCUACUGUCCAUCCAGAGCCUGCUGGGAGAACCAAACAACGAGAGUCCACUGAACACAACCGCAGCAGAACUGUGGGCGGACCAGAACGCCUUCAAAGCUCAUCUUCAUGCCUCCUUCCAGAACUGAACCAGUCCGUUUUUUCCUUUGUCUUUGUAAGAUAUUUUUAUGUUUGUUAACUUCAUGUAAAUAAAGUCUGUUGGAGAUAUAAA